GUUCGCUGCCGCUGCUGCCGCCAAGACACAACCACCAAACGAAUUACAACAGCACGCCGGUGUUUGUGUUGGUCGUCGAAAUCGAUAUUCGCUGAAGGGAAAAGUGAUCAAAUUCUUCAGAACAUGGCCAGUCUACCGUUGAAUCCGAAACCCUUCCUGAACAGCUUUACGGGUAAACCGGUGAUUGUCAAGCUCAAAUGGGGUAUGGAAUACAAGGGAUAUCUGGUGUCUGUGGAUGGUUACAUGAACUUGCAAUUAGCCAACACUGAAGAAUUCAUCGACGGAAGCUGCACCGGAAAUCUCGGUGAAGUUCUUGUGAGAUGCAACAACGUGCUCUACGUCCGGGGAGCCGAAGAGGAAGAGGAAGACGGCGAGAUGAGGGAGUGAAAUAAUUCUUUCCCAUCCAAAACCAUGACGUCCCCUGAUCUCUGGUUACCGAAGUUAUGUGAUC